AUGUCUGUUCAACCUGAAAAUUCUGCUGCCAAUGGCAUACCAGGAUCAGGACCAUCAUGUCUUUAUGAUCUCUUUUGUUCUGAAACACCAAGUUUGAAUGCUCAACGUGUAAGAGAUGGAUGGGAGCCUUCUGGUCCACAGAAAAGGAUAGACAAUUUGAUGCGUCAAGCUGGGAACAAGUAUUGUGCCGAUUGUGGAUCGUUGGAGCCAAAAUGGGUGUCUUCAAGUCUUGGAGUAUUUAUUUGUAUCAAAUGCUCUGGUAUUCAUAGAAGCCUUGGAGUCCAUAUAUCCAAGGUUCUAUCCCUGAAGCUAGAUGAAUGGACAGAUGAACAAGUUGAUGCAUUGGUGAAAUUGGGUGGAAAUACGGUGAUCAAUAAGAAGUAUGAAGCUUAUGUGCCAAGUCACAUAAGAAAACCAAAACCAAAUUCUUCUUUUGAGGAGCGCUCAGAAUUUAUUAGGAGAAAAUAUGAGUUUCAACAGUUUUUGGAUUCUGAGGAGAACUUGUCUUGUCCCUUCAUACCAUCUCAUGCAAGAAAUUCUUCCCCAAGCAAUUCAUCCCAAGAAAAAAAGAAUUAUGAUAAAGUUCCAACAAGACACCGUAUUGGGAGUGCAUUACGAAACAGUUGGGGAAGAAAAGAUUCAGAGUCGUCAAAGAGUUCAAAGAAAACCAGCAACUCAAUGGCAGGUAUGAUUGAAUUUGUGGGGUUGAUCAAGGUGAAUGUGGUUAAAGGCACUAAUCUUGCAGUUCGUGAUGUAAUGUCUAGUGAUCCUUAUGUCAUCAUAUCUCUGGGUCACCAAUCAUUGAAGACCCGUGUCAUAAAGAACAAUCUAAACCCGAUUUGGAAUGAAAGCCUAAUGUUGUCAAUCCCUGAUCACAUUCCUCCUCUAAAAGUCAUUGUGUACGACAAGGAUACUUUCUCAACUGAUGAUUUUAUGGGUGAGGCUGAAAUAGACAUUCAACCUCUUGUUUCGGUUGCAAAGGCGCAUGAGAAAUCUUCCAUGAAUGAGUUCAUGCAGCUUGAAAAAUGGAUAUCAGAUAGUGACAGCACUCAUAAUAGAGAUGGCAUCAUCUCCUUUGAAGAUGGCAAAAUCAAACAGAAUAUUUCGUUGAGGCUACAAAAUGUUGAGAGAGGUGUUUUGGAGAUUGAACUUGAAUGUGUUCCUUUAACUCAAUAG